AUGGCAUCGCUCUUCAGCCGCCUGAUGCGGCCAUUCAGCACCGCGCAAGCUCUGCGCGUAGUCCCGGAAGGUAGCGGGAGCGCCGUGCUGCCCGCCGGCGCGCAGAAGGCGACCAUCGCCGCAGGUUGCUUCUGGGGCGUGGAGCACCGCUACCGCCACAGCUUCGCGAACAAGGGCCUCAUCGACGCGCGGGUAGGCUACACGGGUGGCGACGCCAGCGACCCGAACUACCGCCAGGUGUGCAGCGGAAAGACCGGACACGCGGAAGCUCUGCAGAUCAUUUUCGAUCCGCAGAAGGUCUCGUACAGGCAACUUCUCGAAUUCUUCUACAAGAUGCACGACCCCACGACGUUGAACAGCCAGGGCCCCGAUAUGGGCACGCAGUACCGCAGCUCGAUCUUCUUCCACGAUGCCGAGCAGGAGUCUAUCGCCAAGGACGUCACCGAGCGCGCCAACAAGGAAUGGUACAAGGGCGAGAUUGCCACCGAGAUCAUGCCUGCCGGUCAAUGGUGGGAUGCUGAGACGUACCACCAGCUGUACUUGGACAAGAAUCCUAGUGGUUAUGACUGCCCUACGCACUUCGUGAGGAACUUCCCGGAGCUUUCCAAGCCCGAGUCUGCGUAA